AUGGCUAAGGAUGACCGCAGCCUCGAGGUCAAGGCGGUUGCGGCCGCCUUUAUGUCGGUUGCGUGUGUGACUGUGAUACUACGAUGUUAUGUGCGUGGAUGGAUCGUGCGAGCAUUCGGCUGGGAUGACUGGGCCAUGGUGGUGGCCAUGGGCUUCUACGCCAUGUUCUCGGGCUGCAUGAUUGGAGGCAGUCUUUAUGGUACUGGACGACGCUUCAAAGACUUGGAUGCACAUCAGCGUGUAACCGCCAUGGAGUACUGGUGGUUUUGUGAGAUCGCAUAUUGUUUUGCAGCCGUUGCCUGUAAAAUCUCCGUCUGCAUUUUCUUGAUGCGCAUUACUGUUCGACGUCUCCACAUCUGGAUCCUCUGGACCGUCAUGGUCUUGACCGUCAUUGCUGGCAUGGUCUUCAUGUUCAUCAUGUUGCUGCAGUGCAAGCCACUCGCCUACUUCUGGACUCGCAAGGCCUUUAACCCGGACAUUCACGGCCACUGCAUGGACAUUCAAAUCGUCAUCGCCAUGACCUACGUGUACAGUGGGUUCGCGGCGUUGUGCGACUUUACCGUUGGCAUUCUGCCUAUCUUCCUUGUGCGCAAGUUGCAUAUGAAGCAUAAAACGAAAAUGGCCGUGGUGGGAAUUCUGAGUAUGGCAUGCAUCGCCUCCUCUGCUACCAUCAUCCGUAUCCCCUGGGUACAUACCUUCGCGGAUUGGGACUUCCUCUGUACGCCUGCCCCAACCUCUCCCCAAACACACCCCACACCAAACCCUCCUACUAAUCUCAACCCAGACGCAACCGUUGAAAUCGCCCUCUGGUCCAACAUCGAAUGCGGCCUCGGUAUCACCGCCGGCAGUCUCGCCACCCUCCGUCCCCUUCUCCGCAAAUGGCUCGGCUCCAGCGCCGACCACAACUACGACGCAUCCCCUUUCCCCGGUCCUUCCGGCUCCCGACCACUCGGCAAAAGCGGUGGCAUGGGACGCAGUCACGACCGACCCUACCCGCUAGGCUCACUCGACGAAGCCGCCGUGCAGAACCGUCUCCGGCCGGACAAACUGGCCGUGACCGUGACGACGAUCCAGAGCCAGGUGGACCCCGAUACGCGACUCUGGCGCGGCGGGUCAUCGAAUAGCAGCGAGGAACGGCUGACGGGAUCCUCGGGGAAUGCAGAGCGGACGCAUGGAACAAUCCCCGAGGGGACUGAUUUGGAAUUAGGCAUGGGUCUGGGUAUCCAUCGGACGUUUGAAGUGACGCAGACUUCCUCGGGAGGGACGUCACGUACUGUAGGAGUGAGGGAGCAUGUCUGA